AUGAAAGUCGCAAGCUGUGGCAUUCACGGGUUUCACGAGACCAUUGGUCUCGAUGUCGAUGAGAUACGUGUAUUUUGGGUUUUGGAAAGCGCUGAAUUUGCUGAGCAAAAUGCAUAUCGAGUUGUUAUCUCCGACUCAGAACAGGGAAUAGCAGCUGAAAUAGCUUCGGAUUUCCAUGCCGCCUUUGAUUCUGGCAGAGUCUGGACUGACCAGCAGCGGAAUGUCCUCUGCAGACCUAGUGGUGGAUUUCGCUCAACAUGCACUUACUACUGGAGAGUCACAGUGUGGGACCGUAACGACGUCGCUACUCACUCAGAGGUACAGACCUUCUUCACCGCAUACCCACGCUCUCAGCUGCUGCCGCCCUACUCUAUGAACCAGAAAUAUAUGCCUCAUUCCAGUCUGAUCUUUCGAACAUGGUUUGAAGAUUUCGAGAACAAGUGGAAAGCUGUCUGGAUAGGUAAUGGUGGUGAUAAGCCACUGUACCUUCGCAGGGGCUUCAGCUUGGCUCGCAAACCAUCCAAAGCUAUAGCUCUCGCUUCAGGUCUUGGACACUUUGAUCUACACGUGAACGGACAGCCUGCCUCUGACCAUGUCAUUGAUCCUGGAUGGUCAAAUUACCAUCGCACGGUACAAUACGUCGGCUACGACUUGACAGCUCAUAUGACAGCCGGAGAAAAUGUCCUCGCAGCGCAUCUGGGCAAUGGUUUCUAUGCCGGUAGCGGCACAGAAGAAGACAGGUUCUUCUGGCCAAUGUACGAAGACAAUACUUAUGUUCGCUAUGGCAACGAGUUGUGCUUCUUUGCUGAGCUUCACUUGUUCUACGAUGAUGGCACCCACGAUAUCAUACACACCGAUCCCUCAUGGAAGGUCCGCAAGAGUGCGACCACGCUUGCUAACAUUUAUGCUUCCGAAACGCAUGACAAACGUCUAUAUCCCACCAGUUGGACAUCCACAGGCUUCGACGAAAGCGAGUGGACCUUCGCAAAGCCCUUGACCGGACCUCGCGGACUGCUACGCUAUCAGAAUCAGCCUCCUGUUGUCCUGCAUGACAAACUUGAGCCCAAAUUGAUUUCAAGUUCUCGUCCCGGUGUUGUCUGCUUCGACCUUGGACAAAAUGCUUCAAUCAUGCUUCAUCUGUCUGUGGAAGGACCAGCUGGCUCUGAGAUCAUUGUUCGCUACUCUGAAACAGCAAAUGCUGACGGAACAGUUCUGAUGCCCGAUCCAUUGUUCAAGGACUUCGAGACCAAGGUCUAUUCCAAGAUCUACUUGGCUGGAACUGGCGCACCUGAAGAUUGGCGACCUGACUUCUCGUUCACUGCUGCUCGCUACAUUCAGCUUGAGGGUGUCGCAAUGGAAGAAGGACAAGGACUUCCCGUUGUUCGCUCUCUGUAUGCGAGACACAUAUCCUCUGCAUCUACACGCGUGGGGUCAAUGAAGACAGACAAGGACGACGUCAACGCAUUGAUCAAGGCAUCGCAUUGGUCACUGUCGAGCAACAUAUUCAGUUACCACACCGACUGUCCGCAGAUCGAGAAGUUUGGAUGGCUCGAAGUGACACACUUGCUUGCUCCUGCUUCGCAAUACAUCUUCGGAAUGGAAGCCCUAUACACAAAAAUCAUCUAUGACAUGAUCGACGCUCAAGAGCCAAGCGGCCUUGUGCCCACCAUGGCACCAGAGAUCAGAUAUAUGUGUGGCCCUCUACACGACACAAUAUCAUGGGGUGGGGCUGUUUGCUUGCUGCCUGAGCUACUUGUGAAGUAUUACGGCUCCACAUGGGUUAUACCACAAGUCUAUCCCGCCGCUGUGCGAUAUAUGGAUUACAUGAAGACCAAAGAACGACUUGGAGGCCUAAUCGAACAUGGUCUAGGAGACUGGGGUCGUGAUAUUGCCUGGGGUAAUCUGCAAGCCAACAUUGAAUCAGCAUACUACUACAAGUGCCUGCAAAAUACUGCAAUGAUGGCCAAACACCUCGGCCACAUUUCAGAAGCUGAAAAGUAUGGAACUUGGGCCGCACGUGUCCUCGAAGUCUACAAUCGAGAGCUUCUUGUUACUGAUGACGAGAAUGUGCCAUACGUUUACUACACCUCUCGUGACAACAUUGGUCAAAGGGAUUGCCAAGCUGUCGCUCAAGCCUACGCUCUACAAUCCAACAUGGUACCUAUGCAGCACAUUGCUUCUGUUCAGCGCGCCUUUCUCGCCAGCGUGAGCGACAACCGCAUCCGUUCGGGCGAACUUGGACUCAAAUGCAUCUUCGAAACCCUCGUAGAUCUGCACCGCCCCGACAUUGUUCUAGCGAUGGCAAGACAAGAAGAACACCCCAGCUACAUGCGUUUCCUACGCAGAGGAGAAACCACUUUCCUUGAAUUCUGGCAAGACGAAUGUAGAUCCAAGAGUCAUGACUUGUUUUGCACGAUACAUGAAUGGUUUUAUGCUGGUAUCCUGGGGAUCAGACCCGAUGAGGACGCGUACAAGACGUUCAGAAUCGAGCCACCUUAUGAUUCAGAAUUCAAAGACGUGGAGGGUCAUGUUAACUGUCCUUAUGGCAAGAUUCAGGUCAAGUUCAGCCAGACUGAUGAGAGCGUGGCUCUGAGCCUCUCGGUUCCUAUCGGAACGCAAGCUUCCAUUCUCAUCCCAGAAAACUUCAAGACCUCGAUUGAUGUCGUCCGAAGCGACAUGGCUGUCACGCCGGUGACAAGUGAACAAUAUCUAGUAUUGAAGAACGGCAGUUAUUCUAUCAUGUUCCGAUAG